CACACACACACACACACAUACAUACACUUGGGUCUGUCUUCUUUAAACACACGUUAAUUUAUUGCGUUUAAUUAAGUCAUCGAACUGUGUGUUUUUUUUGUGUAUUUGUUUGAUUACGAGGAAAUGCAGGGAUUGGGGGACGAAUAUAGUUUUGAUUCAAGACAUAGUUGGGAGUACACCGGCGGUCAAAGGUGGCGGAGUGGUGGCGGAGUGGAUCACGAGAUGGCGGAAAUGGAGGCCCAAACUCAGGUAGCCGCAGAUAGAGAAAGUUCGGCAAUCUUCAUGAAAGCGAAUCGUCUCGUCUCAUUGAAGUUUGAGGAUGUGGUCUACAAAAUUAAAAUCAAACAGGAGGGAUGUCUGAAGAAUCCAAAGUCGGAAGAGAAAUUAAUUUUGAAGGGUAUAACAGGUAUCGUGUUCCCCGGAGAAAUGCUAGCCAUGCUAGGUCCAUCUGGCAGUGGCAAAACAACUCUACUGACCGCAUUAGGAGGCCGGCUAGGUGGACAUCUCGGUGGAAGCAUAACUUACAGCGGAAAGCCAUUUUCAAACUCGAUGAAGCGAAAUACAGGCUUUGUCACACAAGAUGAUACCCUGUAUCCUCAUCUGACUGUGACAGAAACACUCGUGUAUACCGCACUUCUAAGGUUGCCUAAUACUAUAACUAAACAGGAAAAGAUUAACCACGCAGAAGCCGUGAUAUUUCAGCUUGGAUUAUCGAGAUGCAGGGACAGCAUUAUAGGUGGUCCAUUUCUGAGAGGAGUCUCUGGUGGUGAGCGAAAACGUGUUAGCAUUGGGCAAGAAAUGCUUAUUAAUCCAAGUUUGUUGUUUCUUGAUGAGCCCACAUCAGGCCUUGAUUCUACAACGGCUCAAAGGAUUGUCCACACAUUGUGGGAAUUGGCUAAUGGAGGUAGAACGAUAGUCAUGACGAUUCACCAGCCAUCCAGUAGGCUAUUUUAUAUGUUUCAUAAGGUGCUAUUGCUAUCUGAAGGCAAUCCUUUGUAUUUCGGGAAGGGUUUGGGAGCCAUGGAUUACUUUUCGAGUAUCGGGUUCACUCCUUCCAUUGCUAUGAAUCCUUCGGAUUACCUGUUAGAUCUUGCAAAUGGAGUUACAACCGAUGACUCACGGGAUGAUCAAGCUGCAACUAAGCAAACUUUGGUAUCUGCUUAUAAGACUAAACUAUUAGAGAGCGUGAAAUCAGAACUAGAAAUUGAGAGUCAGCUUCAAGAAGCAACGGACAACAAACAGUUUAAGCGAUGGUCGACAAGUUGGUGGCAACAAUUUUCCGUAUUGUCUAGAAGAGGAAUGAAGGAAAGAAGGCACGAAAUCUUUUCCAUCAUUAAGAUAGUACAAGUCCUAGUGGUAUCUUUACUGUGUGGAUUAUUGUGGUGGCAAUCGGACCUUAGUCACAUACAAGACCAGGUGGGGCUUUUCUUCUUCUACUCUGGAUUUUGGGGUUUCUAUCCGCUCUUCCAAGCAAUUUUCACGUUUCCCCAAGAACGUAUGAUGCUACAAAAAGAACGAUCUUCAGGAAUGUACCGACUUUCAUCGUACUUCAUGGCACUAACUUUAGGUGAUCUGCCAAUGGAAUUAGUCCUCCCCACAGUCUUUGUCACCAUAACCUACUGGAUGGCAGGCCUCAAAGCAACGGCAGUGAACUUCUUCUGCGCCUUAUUCGUUCUCCUUUACAGUGUAUUAUGUUCUCAAGGCCUCGGACUCGCCAUUGGAGCGUUGGUCAUGAACCAAAAAUCUGCAACCACACUCGGAUCGGUAAUCAUGCUUUCAUUCCUUCUAGUGAGUGGAUAUUAUGUCCAACAUGUUCCAAAGUUCAUAGGAUGGAUAAAGUAUUUAUCUAUAACUAAUUACACAUUCAAGCUCUUGUUGAACUCACAAUACAAGCGAGGUGAUACGUAUCCUUGCGGGUCCAAUAAAACUUGUUUGGUCGAGGAUUUUCCUUCGGUGAAACCCGUAGGACUUGGUGGAGUUGCUAUCUCAUUGGUUGCCUUGUCUAUAAUGCUCGUGGUAUACAGAUUGAUUGCAUAUCUAGCCCUCAUGAGAAUUGGUGUUGUAAGGAAAUAGAGUGAUUUUUCGGGAGUUUCUCCCUGCAUUGCUUGACGUAGAAGAGAAUAGUAUAUAUAUUUCUUUAUGUGUAAUUUUACUAAAGUCAAGACUGAACUUAGUUGAGUUUAUC